GAACCCGGCAAAGUCCGAACGCAACUUGACCAGCAAUGCUAUCCAGAGUCGCAGUGCGCUCAGGCCAGGCCCUCAGAGCCGUUGCAUCAAGGCCUGCCUAUACCUCUGCCCGUCGCUCCAUCCAGUCGUCGUCGUCGUCCAGGGCUUCGGCAGCACCGUUCACCGAGCCUACCUCCCCAAAUCCAACAAUCACCAAAUAUGCUGAAACCGCUAAGGCUCUGCACACAUACGGCUCUUAUCUCACCCAGUGUCUACCCAAGUUCAUCCAACAGUUCUCGGUGCUCAAGGACGAGUUGACGUUGUAUACCGCGCCUUCAGGCAUCAUUCCUGUUCUUACCUUCCUCCGGGACCAUGCCCAGUGCCAGUUCAAGAGCGUCGUGGAUAUCAGCGGUGCCGAUUAUCCUGACCGAGAAAAGAGAUUCGAAGUGGUUUACCACCUUCUCAGUGUUAAGCAAGCCGGUAGGAUCAGAGUCAAGACGUACGCUGGAGAAGGAGACCACGUCCCUAGUGCAGUUAAGAUCUUCCGGGGUGCUGACUGGUAUGAGCGUGAAGCUUGGGAUCUUUUUGGAAUAUUCUUUAGCGACCACCCUGAUCUUCGCCGUAUCCUUACCGACUAUGGGUUUGAAGGCCACCCUCUACGCAAAGACUUCCCGUUAACUGGCUAUACCGAGCUUCGAUAUGAUGAAGAACGUAAACGCGUGGUCUAUGAGCCCCUUCAACUUACUCAGGCUUUCCGAAACUUCGAAUCGCUUUCUCCUUGGGAACAAGUUGGUGAUGGAACAAAGGCACCCAGGCCCGAAAAUCUGAAGCCGCUGCCCCCACCGAAAGUAGAGGAAGUGAAGAAGUAGGUUCCUGUACGCAAUGUA